AUUUGGAAGCACUGAACCCUGAUGUCAAAAUUGCACAAACUUCAGCCAACUUCGCUAUUCUUUCUUUUUGACGUGCUCUUUUAGAAAAUUCGUGUUAAGAUGACGAUUCGCCCCGCAUACAGACCGAAAAUUGUGAAGAAGCGCACCAAACACUUCAUUCGCCAUCAGUCGGAUCGCUAUGCGAAACUAUCGCACAAAUGGCGUAAACCAAAGGGUAUAGACAACAGGGUACGUCGCCGUUUCAAGGGCCAGUACCUCAUGCCAAACAUUGGUUAUGGUUCAAACAAACGCACUCGUCAUAUGCUGCCAACUGGCUUCAAGAAAUUCUUAGUGCACAACGUCCGAGAAUUAGAAGUGCUGUUAAUGCAAAAUCGCGAAUACUGCGGUGAAAUCGCUCAUGGUGUAUCAUCCAAGAAACGGAAGGAAAUUGUUGAACGCGCCAAGCAACUGUCAAUUCGUCUUACAAAUCCAAACAGUCGCUUGCGAUCACAGGAGAACGAAUAGACUUAAGUUCGUUGGCUGUUCGUUUUGUAUUACCUUUAACAAAUUAAAUGGAUACAACUAUAAAAGGGA